UUAGAACUUUAGGGAAUUCCAAUAGAUAAAUUCGUUUACCAACCCUGCACAAAUUGAAAAUAGCGAAGUACUGUUUUUUUUAUAGGUCGAAUAGCACAGAAUGCCACACUGGCCACUGAGCUUCCAGGAUUGCACGUAAACGCACCAUACACACCUGUAGAACGCACAGACCUUGGGCUUCUGUUAUUGCAAACUGAGGAGGAAGGAAAGGAAAACUAACCUAUACCAAAAGGAGUAGACAUACUGUACUUGGUAGUGUACAAUUUCUUUGACAAAUUUCACAACUGUUCUACAGGAUAGUUGCCAAACACAUGGACUAAACUGUUUGCAAGAGGAACUACUUUUUCGGAGUUGGGCAGGUACACAGUGUCCAUGCUGCUCUAGAAGCCUGUUACUGCAGAGGGAACGGAGCUUUCAGGCAGAAAGACAUUGAUCCAGGGCAGGAACAUGGACGUCUCCACGGGUGACCAGAACCCUCUCCUUCUGGAGCAAAACAUCUCCAGCCUGCAGCUUGACUGUCACGAUGGCCCACUGCGGGACUCGACCACGUCUCAGGCAGAGUCCUCAUUGGCCAAAGGCCCGAAGAAGCGCGAGCCAGUGGUCCUGAGCACUCAAAGUGCAGCAGCAAGGAAGCUAGGCACCCAGCAGCUCAUCCCUAAGAACCUGGCGGUGUCCAGUCGGACCAAUAAGCAGCGCUACCACACCACUGUGGUGAACUUCCCCGUGGCUCAGGAGGCCUGUUCCAGUCCCUCGUCCACGAACCGUCACUCCACCAUGGGCUCCGCCCUCUCCCGGGAUGACUAUGACAGCGACGGAGAGGGCAUUUCACAGUGGGGCAACCGCAGGAACAAGUCGUACCGAGCUGCGGUGACGUGCCUGGACAUGGACGCCAUGACCGAGAAUCGAGGGGGCGCCAACACUCUAAAACCUAUGAAGGAAAACAGCAGAGCCACAAGUCCUGGACCAGCACGCAGUCCUGGACGCAAGAGAACCUUGGGGAGAAAGAGGAACCAGAAGCACGCGGGCUCGUUCAAAGAUGAUCCUCGACUGUACCAGGAGAUCAAGGAGCGUGGGCUACAGCCCACUGCUCUGAAUGUAGAGGACGAUGACUAUGUCCACGUGGAGCCACCUGGGGAGGACCAGGGGAUUGUGGUCAAGAACUACAGACCAACACAGGCGACCUGGAGCUCACUGCCACAGGUGAAGGAUAAUGGCAUUCUUGAGAUGAUCUCUCCUGAAGAGCGGAAGAGACAGGAGGCCAUCUUUGAGAUAAUCACGUCAGAGUACUCGUACCUACACAGCCUCGGCAUCCUGGUGCGCCACUUCAUGGGGAGCGACGCCCUGCGGAAGACCAUGACCACCACGGAGCACCACCACCUCUUCUCCAACAUCGCUGUCAUUGAAAGCAUCAGCAGAAGCUUUUUUGAGGACCUUGAAAGGCGCCACAAUGAGGACCCAGUGAUCAAGGACAUCAGUGACAUAGUGCAGAAGCACGCGAGCCACAAAUUUGACCCAUACAUCGUGUACUGCUCCAACGAGACUUUCCAGCAGAGGACACUGCAGAAGUUGCUAACGAGCAACACAGCCUUUAAGGAGGCGUUGAAACAGAUUGAGGGGAGCGGUGAGUCACAAGGCCUGCCCAUGAUCUCCUUCCUCAUCCUCCCCAUGCAGAGAGUCACCCGUCUACCACUCUUACUGGAUACCAUCUGUCAGAAAACUAAGGACAAAACCGCAGAGUACUAUGCUGCAGUCUGGGCACUGAAGGCGAUAAGUAAGUUGGUGAAUAGCUGCAAUGACGGAGCUCGACGAAUGGAGAGGACAGAACAGAUGUACACUAUUCAGAAGCAGAUGGAGUUUGGCAAGAUCAAGCCUUUCCCACUGGUCUCGUCUUCGCGGUGGCUACUAAAGCGUGGGGAGCUGGCCGUCUGCACUGAGGAGCUCAGUAUCUUCUGGAAAGCCUUCAGCCACAAGAGUUUUUACCUGUUCCUCUUUAACGAUGUGCUCAUCGUCACUAAAAAGAAAAGUGAAGAGAGCUACGUGGUGAUGGACUAUGCUACUCUGGAGAACGUGGAGGUGGAGCUGCCGGAAGAGACGGAGGGACGGACGUCACCGCAGGCGAAGGGAGGCUUUCCCCUCCUGUCUCUACGCCUGCUAAUGUCAAAGAACAGCGAGGGGAGAACAGAGCAGAUCGCUCUGGUUGCUGAGUGCAGGGUCGACCGGGCUCGCUGGGUGAGCGCUCUCCGGGGGCACAAGCAAAUGGAAAACAGGACCAGUACAGAUGGCCUGCCGCAGUAUGAGGCCACUAAAGCCUACAUGCCAAAGAUGCCAGAUGAGUUAGGCCUGCAGCAAGCCGAGGUAGUCAUCCUCCUGCAGAAAGAAGAGGACUGGUGUCAUGGGGAAAGAAUGAGAGACGGGGAGAGAGGCUGGUUCCCUGCCAGUUGUGUCACUGAGAUCACAAGUCGUGCUGCCAUGGAGAACAAUGUACAGCGCAUGAAGCGUCUGCGCAAGGAGACCAACGUUUAAACAACUUUCAGCCAGACAACCAACAUUCCUGCCUCCAUAUCUUCAGUCAAAGACCUCUGCAAGAGCAAAAAGUUGUUCGUUGCCAAUUUCAAAUGUAACACAUUUGCUAGAUUUAAGAAUGUUUGUUCGUGUUUUAUACAUUUAAUUGUACAGAAUAAGUACUAACUAGUUAUGAAUUUCUAUUUUUCAUAUUAAUUUGAAAAGUGCCAUGUUGUAUGGUGAUGGGACAAACCAUCUCUGAAAUGACUUCCCAAACUAGGAGGAAAGAUAUGUUCAACCCAGAAGGUUUGUAAAGGAACUAAAAGAACUGUAGACCAUAGAAAUAAUGGGUUGACUCUUUUAAGCUCUGAUUAUUACAUUAAAAAAACAUUGAGGCACAAUGAAGCUGCAACAUUGUAUUUUUACCUAGUAAAUCACGGGGUGACCGACCAGUCGAGGAGCCCUACCCUACAGCAAAAAGUUCCCAACACUUUAGGACAACCGUGGAUAAUGACAUUUGCAAAUGCACUACUAUGUAACUAACUGCAGUACUAUAGGGCAUAUUAAGCAGAAUAUUUAAAGAUGAUUCUACUCCUUCAGUUGUUCACAUGGCUGGAUCUAUAUCAUGUAAUCUGUCUGAAUUCUAACCGAGGGAUUCUAAACAGGUUCUGACAAUACUGUAUAGUUCACUGCCUGUAAAUAGGCCUUCUAUUCUUCAAAACUGUACUUCAUGCAUAUGACAGAAAUUGCCUUUCCCCCCUACAUUGAUCACCACACAAAGAAAUCUGCUGGUAUCAAGCAUAUACAUGCUGCAUUGAAGAGGGCAGCCUAUCACUGUUUUAAAGGGAGGUUUUGAUAAAGCAAACUCCACUAAGUCGGUAAAACCUCAACUGUGUGGCCCUUUAAAUUAGUGUAGUAAAUGUGCCAUAUAAAAGCAGGGACUCUAAACAAUAUGCUGCUGUUUGUGAACUUUCACUUUGUGUGAUUGCAG